GAUUGGCAGCCGUUGAUGCGGCCAAUCCAUUUGGAGCAAGAUGCCAGCUCACAGCAGACACCCCAUGACACAUCCCGUGAUCCGUCUCCCACUCCCACACCAUCGCGCGUGCCAGGCACUCUCCCAUCUUCACCUUCUUCUUAUAUGUCACAACUCACAACUCACACUUCUCACCUUCACUCACUCACUCUCUCUUCCUCUUCCACAAUGUCACCACUCCUCCUCACACUGCUCUUCCUCUCCUGCGCCCACGCGCGUCUCACACUCGACUUCUAUAAGGACACGUGUCCGCAGUUCAGCCAGAUCAUCCGGGACACCGUCACCGCCAAGCAGAUCGCCAGCCCCACCACCGCCGCCGCCACGCUCCGCCUCUUCCUCCACGACUGCCUCCUCCCCAACGGCUGCGACGCCUCCAUCCUCCUCUCCACCACGCGCCUGGGCCCCCCCGCCGAGCGCGACGCCGACAUCAACCUCUCCCUCCCCGGCGACGCCUUCGACCUCGUGGUCCGCGCCAAGACCGCCCUCGAGCUGGCCUGCCCCAACACCGUGUCCUGCGCCGACAUCCUCUCCGCCGCCACCCGCGACCUCCUGACCAUGCUGGGCGGCCCCUUCUACCCCGUGUUCCUCGGGCGGCGCGACGGCCGCUCCUCCCUGGCCUCCUCCGUCCCCCUCCACCUCCCCACCCCCUCCAUGCCCAUCUCCGAAAUCCUCCAAAUCUUCACCAGCCGCGGGUUCUCCGUCGAGGAAUUCGUGGCCCUCUCCGGGGCCCACACCGUUGGUUUCUCCCACUGCUCCGAGUUCAUCUCCAACGUCUCCUCCUCCUCCUCCUACAACCCUCGCUUCGCUCAGGCUCUCCACAAUGCUUGCGCCCGUUACCCUUCCGACCCCACUUUAUCCGUCUUCAACGAUGUCAUCACCCCCAACAAGUUCGACAACGUUUACUUCCAGAACCUUCCCAAGGGUUUGGGCGUCUUGAAAUCCGACCACGGUUUGUAUAGCCACCCCCUUACCCGACCCUUCGUCCAAGCCUUUGCCAAGGACCAAGAUGCUUUCUUUAAGGUCUUUGCUACCUCCAUGCAGAAGCUUAGUCUCUUGGGUGUGCAGACAGGGAGGAAGGGCCAGAUCAGACGCAGGUGUGACCAGAUUAAUUGACUUUUUUUUUUCUUCUUCUUCUUCUUCUUUUUGCUUGUCGGAAUUUCAUGUGAUGAGAUGAGAUGAGACGUCAUUUAUUUUUAUUUUUAAUUAUAAUAUCAUCAUCAUACCUCUUGUCUAAUGGUUUUGAGGUUAAUUAUACUUGGUUACAUAUACUACUGUACUGCAUUGUGUGAGGUGGUAAAUGUGGGCAUUCAUGGGCAUUGAUUUAUUGCUGUUGGAUGGAUUUUGGAUAAUAGAUGAAUCUCAGAAGAGUUUUCGUGCGUAUUGUGUAAGAUUAAUAAAAUCUCAGCUUUUGUAAAUAAGGGCAUUCAUUCA